AAUACAUAGAUAAAUUAUAAUAUUUUACAGGUGUUAAUGCUAUGCAGUGUUAUCAGUGUAAUAGCCGGAAUAAUAGCCAAUGCGCUGAUCUUGUCCCUCCAGAUUCUAUGAAGAUAGAUUGUUCGGAUCUUAAAGAUGGUGCAAAAUAUACAAUGUGUCGAAAAAUUACACAAGUCAUCGAGUUUAGCGUUAAUGGCUUACCACCUGAUACGCGAGUUAUUCGAGGAUGUGGAUGGGAUGAGUCAAAUUAUAAAGGCAAAUGUUAUCAACGAAGUGGUUUUGGUGGUAGACAAGAAGUUUGCUCCUGUUUAACUGACUACUGCAAUUCAGCAAUACCUGGACCUGGACUUUUGCUGCCUCAACAUUUUAUUUUCUCAUGCAUUUUGAUCAGCGUGCUCUUAAUGAUUUUCUAGAAAUGGCACUAUUUAAAAAAAAAUAUUUGAAUUUUCCAAAGAAUUUUAUUAUAAGUGUAUGAUGGAAGUUUAGAAAUAAUAGAAAAAUUAGUGCUUUUAUUGUUAAUACAAAUUGAAAUAGUAGAAAGUUAUAUAGAAUAACAUACAAAGUAUAAUAAAAUUACUAUGAUUAAAAUAAAACAAUUUUACAAUAGAA